AUGCACAUCAAUUACUUCCGCACAUAUCUCAAGACGGCUUCUGGCAGAAUAAAGGACAUGGUGGAAAUCAGGCAAAAGUAUCAAGGCAAAGGGGCCUUCGAACAGGCCGAUCUCAAAGGCUACGUGGCCACGCAGUUAGACUUCUCGGACAUGGGGUUUUCUGUGCAUGCUGCACAUCUCGACUCCGCCGAACCGGUUUGCGCCGAGAAAGACAUUGCGCCGUGGCUAUUUGUCAGCCUUUUUGGUCAGUUGUUGGAAUGCUACAUUGAUGAAGAAUGA